AUGACCGACUCGCCCGAGCCAGAUGCCCCUAACACCCUCCAUUCUCGUCCCGCCAUGCCAUUUCCCUCUUGCAAGUCCGAAUGCCUCACCGAUGGACUCGCUAUCGUACCGGAAGAUGGGAACAUACAAUUUGACGCGUCUGGCCGAAGCUGGCACGACGCCGGCCAGUCCGCCGCUAUUGAACACCUGGUCACGCUCAAGCAGGGCCUGAGAACAUCCGACACCGAGCUGUUCUGGAAACGGUUGAUGGAGGAUCUCACAUCGAUCAGCAAAGCACAAUAUGGCUUCGUGGCUCGCCGGGUACAUGCUGGGGAGCCCAUGUCCGAACUGGGCGGGCGCCGGCCGUCGCUCUUCGGUGCGGCCUUCUAUUACAACGAUGGCUACCAGAACGUUGGACUGCAGCGAAACCGGUAUUUCGCAGGCGGGAACCCUCUGUUACAUAUGGACCAUGAACGGCCAUGUUUGAUUCCCGACAAUCUGAAAUCAUUGAUGUCCUUCGGUGACGAUCAACUACCCUUUGCUGCCGAAGCGUAUCUCGCCAUUCCACUCUUCUCCGCUGGUAAAUGCCUGGCGCAUCUCGGCUUGAUGUGGUCGAAAGAGGGUACCCGGAAUCGAAAUUUGUCAUGGUCGUUUCUGGAGGUCGUUUUGCAUUCGUUGGAGGAUAUGAUCGUCCGGCAGCUGCUAGAAGAUGACGUUUUCUCGGAGCAGGAGAUUUCGGCUUUUCCGCCAAUCCCUCUAUCUGUGCAAAAUACAGCGACUGUCGCUCUUCCCGCGACCCCUGAUUUCAACUCUCAACCUCUCAAACCCUACGCUCGAAGUCUAUCGCACGAAUUACGGACCCCGAUGCAAGGUGUGGUAGGUAUGCUUGAUGUGAUGCAUGCCACAGUGCGGGAGGCCAUGGAAAGCAAGACACCCGUUAAGUCAGGUGGGAUUUUCCAGGCUCUGAAAGAGGGCAUUGAGAUGGUUCAGGAUAGCGCACGGCGGGCCGUAGAAGCUGCUGAUAAUGUUGUUCACGCCUACGACCUCAACAUGCAGGUGCCCAAAACACCCACGCCGCAACCGGAGGAAGAUAAUGGCUUUUUUCCGAGCGCACCGUCAGACCAGUCCAUCGAAAGCCGCCCAAGUAUUUUCAUCGAAGGAAGCAACAUUGCUGUGAAUCCGUACAAGAGACGACGGAGUCUGCCUCUGGAUAUGGCCUCCUGUUCCGCGCGUCCGACCCGGAGGCAGAGAGUUCGUGCAGCGUCUUCACGGCAGGAACUGUCUCCCCGCAGCGAAGAAGUCAAGAACGCCGUCCACGAGAGUGAUCAAAUCGUCCACGCCACCCCAGCCCGCCAGAUCGAAGAAGUGAUGGCCAGCAUGGUAGAUCCACAACCAUCAAUCGCGGUUCGACGAUCUGCCCCGCAUCUACUUCUAGAAGGUAUCAACAUGAACCUACGGGGCCCGGCUUUGCGCUUCACCAAGUUGCGAGACCUUCUUCGUUUGGUCAUCAACGAGUCUCUUCAUGUUGGCGGCCGUCCUGAUUCUGCCGAGAGCAAGACGACUGAUUUUGGCGAGAAGAUUGAAAUCCGAUCACGAUCUUCAAAUGGUGAAAUGCGUACGAAGACUGUCGAUUGGUCUGUUGACCCGGCAUUGCCCGACACUCUUUUAGCUGAUGACAGAGACCUGGCUAAGCUGAUCUCCUGUGUUUUUCUGAAUGCUAUCAAAUUCACAAACAAUGGCACGAUUACCCUCUGUGCGACCAUCGACUCCAAGAACAAUGAUGUCUUGAUUCGUGUGCGUGACACCGGUCCAGGUAUUCCAGAGGCAUUCCUACCGAAUCUUUUCAAGCCUUUUGCACGCGAAGACGCCUCGACCACCCGCAGUAAAGAUGGUCUGGGGCUUGGUCUCCUUGUAGCCAAGGGACUCUCUCGGAAGAUGGGAGGUGACCUGAUUUGUGUCCGUUCUUCCACUACCGGCCCCGACCACGGCUCUGAAUUCCAGAUUCGGGUUCCUGUGAACCAACGUGAGGCUUUGUGUGGUCCUGGGACCCCCAACGAUCGAAUCAUGACCCCGCCAUUCUUCACAGAUCAUACCCGGACCGGUAGUGGGAGCAGCUUCAUCUGGGAACCCACAUUAUCAAGCUCGCCUUCCCAUUUGCAAAACCAGACGCUUCAGCAGCCAACUCCCAGCACCUCAGAUGAAAAGUCACAGAGUCCAACUCCGCCUCGCACUCUGACAAGACCUCAGCUUAACCGAAGCGCUAUUUGCCGAGAUUCAUAUGACAAGAAGCUUGGGGAGAAAUACCCAUUGCGUUUCCUUGUUGCAGAAGACAACCGAAUCAACCGACGCGUAUUGGUCAACAUGCUGCGUAAGCUGGGCUAUCGCGAUGUUCUUGAAGCAGCCGAUGGCCGAGAAGCUGUGCAAAUCGUGAAAGAGAUUCUCUCUGCAUCAACUCUCGCCAACAGCUCAAAUGACGCGGACGUGGAUGUGCCCAUCAAACCUACAAAGCCAGAUUCUCUAGAGAUGAAACCCAUUGACAUCGUGCUCAUGGAUCUUUGGAUGCCAGAAAUGGACGGCUACGAGGCGACUUCCCGGAUUCUUCAGAUGGUUGAUGAUCACCAGAGCAUGUCUUCUGGUUCUAGUAACGCAUCUCCAGAAACACCCAAUAACUCCGACUCCAUGGAUGUGGACAUGAACAUGACCACAUUGCGUAUGCCACAGCCUCCAACUGUUCUUGCUGUGAGCGCGGAUGUCACCGAUGAGGCCUUGAAUCGUGCCUCUAGAGUGGGUAUAAAGGGCUACAUGACAAAACCAUACAAACUCUCCGACCUUGAACGACUGAUCCUCGGAUUUUGUGGUAGUCCUGGCGACCCAAUUCCGAUGGUGACUACCUAA